AUGUCGUGCAUUAUGAGGUGCAACAACUCCGAACAGGAGGUUGUCAUCGAUGAGCAGACGGGACUCCCAGUGAAGAACCACGACUACUGUCGCCGUAGCGUGGCUAUAAUGUAUUUCGUUUGCUCGUUCACUGAGAAGCCCUCUGUGAUUUACAAGCCGUCGACCAUUGUUCCUCAAAACACCAUCCUUGAGAUCCCUCCUCCCAAGGAACUGGAAACCCCUAUCACCUUCAACCCCACUGUGGACACCUUUUUCGAUGCUGACACCAACAAGAUCGUUGUUUUGAUGGAACUGCCUGGAUUCAGCCACAACGACAUCACUGUGGAGUGCGGUCUGGGAGAACUCAUCAUCAGCGGCCCCCGCCCCAAGGACGAGCUUUACGAGAAGUUCGGUAACAACCUUGACAUCCACAUCCGUGAGCGCAAGGUUGGUUACUUCUACAGGCGCUUCAAGCUCCCCCACAACGCCUUGGACAAGUCUGUUGCUGUGUCUUACUCCAACGGUAUCUUGGACAUCAGGGUUGAGUGCUCGCAGUUCUCCGAGAUGCGCCGCAUCCAGAUCGACGGCAAGGCAUAA